GCAUCAACUGUCUGUCCGAGAGAGUGAGGCAAACCAGUGCAGUCAGUGUGCACGAAAGUUAGCAGAACAUGCGUUGACUGCUCACUUGACUGCGGAGUUUACAUGGAUGCUAACUGGAUUUGACAACAUUGCUCGGGCCUACAAGUGGAUAACUAUGUCAGAGAUACAGAACCAACCAGGUCUAGUGCACAAAGGCACACACAUGGCCCCGUGAGCUGCGACUGUGAACCGCGCUAUCAAGGAAAAUCCUCGAUCCCCCAGGGUUACCUCCGAGGGUUCUCUAUCUGCCGAGCUGCAGCAAAACAAAGAAUAAGGUAGGACUCUGCAGGGAGACGCGAUGGCUACCGAAGAAAAUCAAGCCCAGCUUGGGUCUGUAGUCCUGGCUCAGCGUGCUUCACCUCCAUCCUCUGGCAGCAGACCGAACAGAGAAACCAGACAUGACAGUCAGGAAGUAUGGCGAUACUCUGACCAAUCGUGGAAUUCAAAACAGCGAAGCAGCCCUUCCCUCCUCUUUUAUCGGAAGUUGUCGUGUGACAGUGAGAAAGGGCCAAUUUUGGACAAGGAAUACGACUGUCUGGACUACAGCUCAAAACUCCAGCCGUCAGCUGGCAAGAGAAUUGAAGGAGUAACUAACACGGUUCCUCCGAUACCUGGGAACAGUUCAGAGGGAUCUCCGUGCCAGCUGGACACCUCUGGAGAGGGUGUGGAUGCGGCAGGAACAGAACUGGCAGAACGGGCUCCUGCCCCCUGUCUAGCCUCCACACAGGUCCAAAACAUCUAUUGUUGCCACAGCCCCAGAUCCAGUCCUAACCCCAGCUCCAGCCCCGUUCAGAGCCCUCGCCUCUGCCACAGCCCCUCGCAGCACCACCGGAGACACGUCCGCCGCAGCAGCCUGCCGGUGUCUAUGCUGGCAUUCAACAAGAUGUCACCCUACCUCUCAACCCGGUGCACUCCCUCCAGUGAACCCAGCUCUUUAGCGUCCUCACCUUGUAAUUCCCCCCUCCCCAAACACUGGCAGCAUCAUCAGAAUGGACAUACCCACCAGCACCGGCUCAAAGAUGGCUACUCCAGUCUAGAGAGGCUCAACAGAAAGCCCAGGGUGGACAAAUACUCCCUGGAGAAACUAUUUCUAAGACGAGCAUCUCUAGAAACUAAGAGGACGACCUUGAGGAACGACGAGAGGUCACCCUCAGGAGUGACCAGAGACUGCAGCGGGGGCAGCAGCAGCAGCAGUGAGGAGGAGGAGGAGGAGGAGGAUGAAGAGGGUCUUUUGGAUAACUCGGAGUUUAUCAGGAACCGUAAAGAGCGUUCCACUCUCCUAGUGAGGCGCUUCUGCAAGAAUAAUAUAAAGGUGACCAAGUCAGUGUGUACUGGAACCAGAGCCAUCGUCAGGACGCUUCCAUCAGGACGCAUCUCAGAGGAGGUCUGGGACGUGGUUUUUACUCACCGGAUAUGGAAACCCAGCAAGAAGGAUUUGUGGCCAAUCUUAACUCGUGGUAUGGAAGAAGAGUUCAGAGUCUGCAGGGAGAUACUACGUUUUGUUGGAGUUAAGCUACAACAGGUUAACAACUAUGUGCAGGACAGAGAGGAGCUCAACCUGAUUCAUCCCGCCAAAAAGCUCCUGCUGUCUCUUCCUGGAUGUGUGUGUCUCAGGGAGUCUCGCUGGCUAUCCAACGCUGUCAGCAGCAGCAGCCCAGCCGGACCGGACCCUCACCCCCGCCUCCAUCACUGCUUCUGUCAGCCUUUCUAUCCACAUAGGUUUUAUCGUGCCUGUGUGCAGAGGACGUCGGCGUGCUCCCUGCUGACCGGAGCCCUGCUGGAGGCCACAGCUGCUCUCGGGUCCCGCUCCUCCCUGCCCUGCCCUUUACCCCAGAUCCCCAACUGCCACGCCGUGCUGAAAGAGCGUCAGCUGGCCAACAGUAUGACCAGCAGCGGCUCUCUGCCUCCCAGUGUCAGUGGGAUCAGUAAGGAGCUGGCAGACGUGCGUCACCUUGUUCAGUUCCCCGAGGAGAUCGCCUGCAUCCUCACCGAGCAAGAGCAGCAGCUUUACCAGCGGGUCUUUCCUCUGGACUACCUCUGUUUUCUUACUCGAGACCUGGGCAGUCCCGAGUGUCAAAGCAAGCGCCACCCUAACCUCAAGGCCUCGCUGUCUGUGCCCGCCAUGCCUACCCAGAGUGCUCAGCGAAGCAACGCUGUGGAGGACCUGGUGGCACGAUUCAAUGAGGUGAGUUCAUGGGUGACGUGGCUGAUCCUGACUGCUGGGUCUAUGGAGGAGAAGAGAGAAGUGUUCUCCUACCUGGUCCAUGUCGCUAAAUGCUGCUGGAACAUGGGAAACUACAACGGUGUCAUGGAGUUUCUGGCUGGACUCAGGUCCCGCAAAGUGCUGAAGAUGUGGCAGUUUAUGGAUCAGUCAGACAUCGAGACCAUGAGGAGCCUGAAGGACGCCAUGGCUCAGCACGAGUCUUCUGCUGAGUACAAAAAGGUUGUGACCAGAGCCCUCAAUAUCCCAGGAUGCAAGGUGGUGCCAUUCUGUGGGGUUUUUCUGAAGGAGCUGAGUGACGCGUUGGAUGGGACAGCAAGCAUCAUCAGCCUGAAACCACCUGUGGAUAAUACAGAGGACUCGAUAGAGUUUGUGUCUGACUUCAGCGGCCAGCACAACUUCAUGUCGCGGUCAGGUCCUGAUGGACUACACAUCCCAGAGAAAGAAGCCACUGUCAGCAACAUCCUCCAGAUUAUCAGAUCCUGUAAUCGUAGUUUGGAGGCAGAGGAUCCUGAUGAUGCUUCCACCAGUCCUUCGUCUACUGGCCAAUCCCCUACGUCCAGAAACAACUCCUUCAGGGACCGCUGCCGCAAUCAAUUCAUGGUGGGGGAUUUGUCCGAUUCGGAGGGGGACUUGUCGUCUGAGCCGGGGGUGAAGGAAGUGGAGUUUCAGGGGACUGAGGAGACGCACAGAGCCUUCAGCCAUGGCACUGAGCUCAUUCCCUGGUACGUGUUGUCGCUGCAGCCAGACGUCCACCAGUUUCUGCUGCAGGGGGCCACGGUCAUCCACUACGACCAGGAGAGCCACCUCACUGCUCGCUGCCUGCUGCGGCUACAGCCCGACAACACAACACUCACCUGGGGUAAUCCUCAGAGCGGAGGGGCUUCCCCUGCAGAGCAGCCACUGGGAUUAGGACAGUCUGUAGUGGCAGGACUAGCAGAGGGCCUCUUGGACCUGGCAGUUGUGAAGGCCGUGUUCAUGGGUCAUCAGGGAGUGGACGUCCAUGCAGUAUGUUUGCAAAACAAGCUAAGCCAGAUGACGGUGGAGGAAAAUGGUCUCAGCCUCCUUUACGGUCUCAGUACCACCGACAACAGGCUCCUGCACUUUGUGGCCCCCAACCACACUGCAAGGAUGCUCCACAAGGGCCUGACAGAGUUGGUGAAUGCAACCAGAAGAUUAAAGAAGUUUCCUGACCAGAGGUUGCAGUGGCUGAGGAAGCAGUAUGUCAGCAUGUAUCAGGAGGACGGCAGGUACGAAGGCCCUACCCUGGCUCAUGCCAUUGAGCUGUUUGGAGGGCGGAGGUGGAACAUGGGUACAGGCGGAGUGGAAAAACCCAGCGUCCAGAAAAACAGCCCUAAUGAUAAAGCCAAGAAGAAGAAGAAGGUCCUUGUCAGGGGAGACAGUGGGGAUGCCACGGAUGACGAGAUGGUUUCCAGGAAGACACGGAGCUGUAAAGAGGGACUGUAUCGGAACGGGCCGGAGUCUGACAGCAUCGACCAAGAAGAUCCAGAGGACAGCUUCCCUGGACCAUUCUCCCUCUCAUCCAGUAAAAGCCCUGGAUUGCUUGGAUCUUCUUCUUCCUCUUCCUCGUCUUCCUCCAGUAUGGCGGGGUCCAACCAUUCCCGCCCACAGUCCUCUCCUGUCCUCUCUGGAACUGUCAAGCAACAGCCAGGGGCGUGGAGCAGCAGGUCAUGGCACGGUCGUGGUAAAGGCUGUUUUAAAGGCUUCCAGAAUCUCAUGAUUUCUGACAGCACCAUGAGCUUCAUCGAGUUUGUCGAGCUCUUCAAGUCUUUCAGUAUCCGAAGCAGGAAGGACUUGAAGGAGCUGUUUGACACCUUCGCUGUCCCCUGCAGUCGAUCAACUCCAGAGUCUGCGCCUCUCUACACCAACCUCAGCAUCGACGAUAAAGACACGGGGCUACAGCCAGACCUCGACUUAUUAACCCGCAAUGGCUCUGACCUUGGCCUGUUUAUCCGGACGAGGCAGCAGAUGUCUGACAACCAGAGGCAGAUCUCAGACGCCAUCGCAGCCGCCAGCAUCGUGACCAACGGGACGGGAGUGGAAAAUGCUUCACUGGGCGUCUUGGGAUUGGCUAUCCCUCAGCUCAACGACUUCCUAGUGAACUGUCAGAGGGAGCACUUGAGCUACGACGAGAUUCUCAGCAUUAUACAGAGAUUUGAGCCCUCAUUGAGCAUGAGACAAAUGGGUUGGAUGUCGUUUGAAGGCUUUGCAAGGUUCCUGAUGGAUAAGGAGAACUGUGCUUCUCGUAUUGAGGAAUCCCAGGUGAACCCAGAGGAGCUGCAGUACCCUUUGUCCUACUACUACAUCGAGUCUUCUCAUAACACCUAUCUGACCGGACACCAGCUCAAAGGAGAGUCCUCUGUUGAGCUUUACAGUCAGGUGCUGCUGCAAGGCUGUAGGAGCGUCGAGUUGGACUGCUGGGAUGGAGAUGAUGGCAUGCCAGUUAUUUAUCAUGGACACACACUCACCACUAAAAUACCCUUCAAGGAUGUGGUGGAAGCAGUAAACCGGUCUGCAUUUGUCAAUUCGGACAUGCCCGUCAUCCUGUCCAUAGAGAACCACUGCUCCCUUCCACAGCAACGCAAGAUGGCUGAAAUCUUCAAGACGGUGAUUGGGGAACGCCUUGUGACUCGCUUCCUCUUUGAGAGUGAUUUCAACGAUGACCCUCACCUGCCGUCUCCUCUGCAGCUGCGGGGGAGAAUCCUCCUGAAGAACAAGAAGCUCAAAGCACACCAGGCGCCGGUGGACAUACUCAAACAGAAGGCUCACCAGCUGGCCCACAUGCAGGCACAGGCUAGCAACGGGUCACCAGGGGUUACUUCACCUAACAACCACACCAAUGAGGAAGAGGAAGAGGAAGAAGACGAGUACGACUACGACUAUGAGUCUCUAUCAGAUGCUGAUGUCCUCACAGCCUCUACUGCCUCGUAUAGUCUGGAAGACAACAUCCUGGAUGACAAACCAGAGGGGAAGAGCCCAGCAGACAAAGAGGAGCAACCUGUUGAUGAAAUACCGAAGAGGACGAAGAAGUCUGAGAGCACCACGCAGAGCAAAGGAAAGGUGUUUGACAUGGAGCUUGGCGAGGAGUUUUACCUUCCUCAGAACAAGAAGGAGAGUCGACAGAUUGCCCAGGAGCUGUCCGACCUCAUCAUCUACUGCCAGGCUGUGAAAUUCCCUGGCCUGUCCACGCUGUCUCCUGCCGGCUCUGGCAGAGGGAAGGACCGGGGGAAGAGCAGGAAGUCCAUAUUUGGCACAGCCCCUACUCCUGCGCUGACUCAGAGCCGCACCCCUGGUAAAGGUGGCAGCGAGCGGCUGAGCUGGGAGGAGCAGCAGCAGACGUCUCCCACCCUGAACCCCCCCACCUCCCUCAGUGCCAUCAUCCGCACGCCCAAGUGUUACCACAUCUCCUCCGUCAAUGAGAACGCAGCCAAGCGCCUGUGCCGCCGCUACUCUCAGAAGCUGAUCCAGCACACGGGCUGCCAGCUGCUCAGAACUUACCCAGCAGCCACUAGGAUCGAUUCGACAAACCCCAACCCUCUGCUCUUCUGGCUGCACGGCAUCCAGCUGGUGGCACUCAACUAUCAGACUGAUGACUUGCCCAUGCAUUUGAACACAGCUCUGUUUGAGGCUAACGGCGGCUGUGGCUACGUCCUGAAGCCGGCGGUGCUGUGGGACCGCAGCUGUCCGCUCUAUCAGCAGUUCUGUCCGAUGGAGAGGGAUGUGGAGAAGAUGAGCCCCGCCGUCUACUCCCUCACUAUUGUCUCCGGUCAGAACGUGUGUCCCGUUAAUAACGCUGGCAGCCCCUGCAUCGAGGUGGAUGUUCUGGGCAUGUCCAUCGACAGCUGCCACUUCCGCACCAAGCCCAUCCACCGCAACACCCUGAACCCCAUGUGGAGCGAGCACUUCCAGUUCACCGUGCACUGCGAAGAGAUGUGCUUCCUGCGCUUCGCCGUAGUGGAGAACAACAGCUCCCAGACCACCGCUCAGAGGACGCUGCCUCUGAAGGCCCUCAAGCCAGGUUACAGACACGUCCAGCUGAGGACGCAGCAUAAUGAACCCCUGGAAGUGUCAAGCUUGUUUAUCUACAGCCGCAGAAUAGAGGAGGGUCCCACAGGGGGCGCUACUCCCUCAUCACUGCUGUUCAGUUCAGAGGAGAAACAUGCGUCGCAGCAGCACAGGGUGACGGUGUACGCGGCUCCUGGCCCUGAACUCUUCACCGUGUUCUCUGUGACAGAGCAGACCACCGCCAAACAGCUGCUUGACACGGUUGUAGCAUCUUCUGGAAACCCCUCGGAGUACUUCCUGUGCGAGGAGAAGGUUCCUCUGUUGAAGGAGCGCAGCGAGGUGAAGCGCUGUGCUCAGCACCGUGCUCUGGCCCCGGAGGAGGAGGUGGUCCGACUGGUCUCCAGCUGGAACUCUGAGGAGGGAUAUGUGGGGAGGAUCUGCCUCAAAACAAGAGAGGAGAACUUGAAUGAGAAGAACUCGGUGCUGGAGGGAGAGGAGGAGGUGACAGUGGGAGGUAGAGAUGGGUCAGGAGUAGGAGUAGGAGCAUUGGAGGAAGAUAUGUUCUUCGUCCAGGUCCAUGAAGUUUCACCAGAACAGCCGCACACUGUGAUCAAAGCUCCACGCUACAGCACUGCUCAGGACAUCAUACAGCAGACUCUGUCAAAAGCCAAGUACUCCUACACUAUCCUAGCUAAUCCCAACCCCUGUGACUACGUCCUGAUGGAGGAAGUGACCAAGGACGCCGGCUCUAAGAAGUCCUCCACGUCCAAGCCCCUGCAGCGGGUGCUCCUGGAUCACGAGUGUGUCUACCAGGCUCAGAGCCGCUGGAGGGGCGCGGGAAAGUUCAUUCUGAAAUUCAAAGAGCAGGUGGUGCGGGAAGACAAAAAGAAAGUCAUUUCCUUCGCCAGCGAGCUGAAGAAGCUGACCAGCCGCAGCCGCAGCAUGACGACAGGCGGGGGGGUGGACGGCCCGGCGCAGAGUAAGGAUGAUAGAGCGGCAUGCUGUGUGGCUCUGACCGAGCUGCAGGAGUGAGGCUCUGCUGCGGUCUGUGCAUGAGGGUGUCUGUCUGCAGCUGCAGGGCUGAAGGUGUGGGUGGCAGAGGGCCGGGUGGGGGCAGGAAGGUUCCUCCAGACCUCUUCCUCCUCCUCCUCCUCAUCAUCAUCCUCCUUUAGGGAGCAGGUCCACCUGCCCACCUCCUCCCUGACCCCCUCCACCUGGAAGCUCCACCUGCUCAGGAACUGGAAGAGCCUGAAAUGAAGAGAGAGACUAAGGUUGACUAAUUCUACAUUUGGAGGAUACUCCUUUAAAAAAAAAAAGCCGUCCGACACACUGUGGGAUACGUCCCUCUCGUUGGAGUCUACGUGUGAUGCUUCCUCUUGUUAGUUGAGCAUGUUAAGGACGUGAUUCAGACUCUCAGCCCCUUUGCUUGGUCUCAUGAUGGGCAGGAGUUUAACCCAGCGUCACUUUGAAGCAGUGAGGGGGGGAGGGGGGGGCAGGAAGCUCUUUUGGUUUAUUGGUUGUAGAGCGGCUCCACAGAGAGGCGGAGAACCAGAGGCAGCUGCUCUUAUUGAAGUCAUAUAGUGUGUGAUCAGGGUCUCAAAGUAUUCCUUUUCCCACAGAUGAAAAGGAGCACUUCCCUGAGUCACAUUUGAAGGAUAAAGAGGAACGGGUGCCAGUUUUUUUAUCUCCCAGGAAACGACACUAUAAUAGAUGAAGGUGGCCUGCAAAUAUCCUCUGGAUUGAAUGAGUUUAGAGAGACAAAUUGUAUCCAAGAGAUAGUGUCCUAGCACAGUUUGCUAUUGGAUGACUUUAUUUGGUUCCAAGAAGGUUUAUUAUUGGUUUGCUCGUAACGCACAAAUGAAGCUCAGAGCAGACAGAGGCAGACCUGCAUGUACAGAAAGAGAGAUGUGGGAGGGCUGAAGAGGUUUAAAAGUAUCCUUCUCUCUUUCUCAGGUAUGAGCUCUUUUGUCUGAGGGCGUUGUGAAGGAGGCUGAACAGCUGGCUUGUUUGGUUAUUUCUUACUGUUCCAGUUUCACAGUACUGUAAGGGCACAUGUCGGGCAGCGCUCACAGGAUACAGCAGUGACAUGCUCAGAUAUUCUGUAAAGAAGCAGCAGUGCUUUGGGGCGAUUUCUUGGACACUUCUGUCGCUGCCCGGAAGGUGACGAUACGUGGACAGCAUUUCAAGGCAGUAUGCAACAUUAAUGUGUGCAGGGCAAAUGUGAAACCAUCCCUUAUCACUUUGUUUGUGAUGACGUUGCCCCUCUGCUGUGCCUUAAGAUGUUGCAACACUGCCCUACAGUAAUUAAAUUCAUUGUGUAGUUGUAUAUCUGGCUGGUUUCACAAAGCAUUUUAAUUCUGUUAUCAUUGUCCACUAUUAAUUAUGGCGUCUUUGACAAUAGAACACAUCCAAGUUAAUUAAGUAAUGCUACUGUUAACAAAAAAAACAUUGUUGUCUUAACAAGUGGCCAUGCAAUACUUUUUCCAAAAAAUCAAAUACUCUCUAGAAAUGGCAAAAUGAUCUGAUUACCUUUUCUAAAUAGGAUUACAAAUCUGACCAGACAUUAGUUCCAGGUGUCUGUCUUCGUUAACACGGUUCACUGGUUUCAUGAGUUAAGAAACUUCAAACUAAUACAUCACACUUCCUUUAUUUGUUGGGAAUAAUGAUAAUAGCUUUGAGAUCGUUUCACAGCCAGAUCUUCUUAAAACAAUAUUUUGCACAUUUUUCCUUUUGCUGUCAAUUUCCGUGUUUUUCUUUGACUGUCUGAAAAAGAGAGAUUUGAUUGUUGUGAGGUGGUCUAAAAAGUUCGGCCCAGUUAGAAAUUUAGAUUUGAGGAAAGCAUGAGAUAAUUGUUUGGAUUGUUUGUAUAACCCUUUGUUGAACUCAAAUGUUUAUGCCCAACUGUAAAAUUCUCCAAACAAAAAUAUUCUAAAAAAACAGAUGAAAUUGCCUUUAGAUUUAUUUGAAAUGCAGUAUCUUUAUAGAUGAGUAGUAUUGAUAGAUUGUCCAUAAUGAUUUUAGACUUUUCUUUAUUUCUCUAUUGCUACUGCUCAUUUCAGAAUGUUUACUUAAACUUGAUUGACUUGGGGCCACUUUCCCCUUUUUUAUGUUUUGAUAUUUAACAUUUCCAUAUGUUUAAGUGUGAAUUACCUUUUAUUUAAAAAAAAAAAAGUAUUGUUUUAAUUGGCAUUCAGAUAUUAAUACAUAAGUAUUCCUUCUAGUGUUGUCAUGUAGAUCCUUGAGGAGCCCAACAAUAUGUCGACGCACUGUUUAGUAAGCGAAGAUAAGAAAACAGACCCAAAAAUCCUUAUCCAACAUUAUUUGGACACAUUUCCUUCAUUAGAUCUGUAGAAAAUCAGUUGUGUGUGGUGUAUAACUAAACAUGAUUUGGGGUUAAGAAUUAGUUUUACUCUUUUUAACACACAAUCCAACACUUCUUCUGACAUGAAAGACACCAAGUAUAAUUCUAUAGACAUUUUUUUUUAUCAACCAUGCUCCACAAAAAUAAUGUGUGUCCUUUGACUUUGUUCACUGCCAAGUAAUGAUGUUUGAAUGUUAGUGCAAUAAGUUCUACCCCUGGUUCGUAACUCCUUUUCUUGAUUUGUUUAUCCACACACAAAGCUUAUCUGUUAUCAGCGGUAAAGUAACCGUGAUCUAAAUCUAGAUUUAAAUUGUGAUCCAAGAAACCACGACUCUAAACGUGUGAUAACUAGCAACUGCUUAUAUAACUAUGUGAAAGCCACACUGACUUUAAACAGAAAGGGACAUUUUCUGUUACAUUUCCUCCCUUCUUUCUAACAUGUAGACCUCAUUUCUGAAUGUAACAUUUCUUAAUGUGUUGAACCUGAGACAAAUGUGUGUUUGGAUGUUAUUUAUUUUAAUGUGAAGCCCUGGUUGGCGGUUAUCUGUUGUUUCUGUGUAUUUUCUUGUAAGUAGUUUUGUGUUUUUUUAUUUAUUUGAAUAUGUGAGAGGAUUAAUUCUCCACUGCCCUGACUUUACUCAAACUUAUUUAGAGACUAGAGAAGUAUUUGACUUUAUGUGUAAAAUAUUCAGUAUAGUAUUCAUACGCCUGAUGUUAUUCUGCAGCACACAGCAGCAUCUUUUAUUGACUUUUAUUUCAUGAGUUUUCAGAAAUGUGGAUAAAGCUGACAGUUUGUCCUGUUAUUAUUUGGAUAAUAAAUACCCAUUUUGCUGUAUUCGUUAUAUCCGCUGAUUAUGACAUGUGUGUUUCAUUAUUAGCACUCUGUUGUUUCCAUAAGAUGUACAGUAUACCCUUUAACAUUCACUAUUCAUGUUAUGAUGUGUACAAGUGAACAUUUGUCUAUGUACUUGCAUUUUUAAAUGUAUGAGAAAUGGUGUAAUUGUCAUUUAGCAGGAUCACAAUACAAAUAAAAAUACAUAUCUUACUU